AUGUUUAGAUAACUGCUAUUCUCACUUUGCCUUAUCGGUUUAGCAACAGCAACUUUGAAUGUAGAUGUUUCCCAACAUUGUGUCUGCUCAGAACUAAAUCAAUAAGAUUGCGGAUAAGCAUAAUCUUGGUGUCUUUGGAAUACGUCAUCUGCUGAAUGUCAAGACCAUACGUUUACUUGUGCAGAUAUAUCAUCUUAAGUCCUUUGUGAUGCUGAAGACUUCUGCAAAUGGAAAACUUCCACUUGUGAAGAAUAUUAUCCCUCAUGUGCAGAUGGAACAAGCGCAGAACUUUGUCCUACUGGAAUUGGAUGUCUCUGGAAUAAGUAAAAUCAGUGUUCUUUCUUUACAUCUUGUUCUGAUUAUUCAGUUGAGAAUUGCCCUAUAUAUGAAUGGUGUUCACCAGAAACAGGAUCAUGUGCUCCAUAUGUUUUUGUAACAUGUUCAUCAUUUACAACUGCUGAUACAUGUACUGGAGCUGCUUCAAAAACCUCAUGGUGUUCUUGGGCUAACGAUAAUACAUGUAAAACAAUGACGGGUGUCAGCAAUUGCUCAGAUCUUAACAACUUCAAACUUGAUUGUAAUGACCGCGAUGGUUGCAGAUACGACGGAUCAAUUUGCCGUUCUAUAAAAUGUUCAGAUUUUGGCUCCGAAGCAGAAUGUGGUUCUAUCAGAGUAGAGGCUGCUGACUAUUAUUUAUGUGCUUGGGUGAAUGGUGCUUGUGACGAUGCUGUUGAUUCUUCAAUCUUUACAAAAGAUACCUGCUUUUCACGAACCUAUAAAAAUUACAAAUGGACAUCUGAUAAUAAAUGUGUUGCUUGUGAUAAUUUAACCAACAAUGAUGAGGUUAGUAAUUCAGUCAUUUUGGGUGCGUUUAUCCUAUUAGCCUUAAUUGCAUGA